AUGGCAUGUAAAGUUGAUAAAGCUUUAGAGCAUUCUACCCAAAAUGAAGCACCCUCAAAAAAUUAUAUGAACAAUUUGUGUUAUUACAAAAAUAAUGAAUUAAAAAAAAUAGACUCAUCAUAUUUUCAAGAUAAGUAUUUAGGAUUAUUUUUUGGAGCUUCAUGGUGUAAAUAUUGUGUAUCAUUUAUAAAUAAUUUGAAUUUAUUUAAAACCUACUUUCCCUUUUUUGAAAUAAUAUAUAUACCAUUUGAUCAAACAUAUACAGAUUAUAUUAAUUUUUUAAAAAAUACUAAUUUUUAUAGUUUACCUUUUGAUAAUUAUUUAUAUAUAGCUAAUAAAUUUAAAGUCACAAAUUUGCCAUCUUUUAUUAUUAUAGCACCCAAUAAUAAUAUCCUUGUUAGGGAUGGAGUGCAAUUAAUUAAAACUGACAACUAUAUAAACAACUUCAAAUCCUUGAUAAAAAAUUAUACAAUACACCCCAAAACAUUCAAAUCAAAUAAUCGAUUUUUCGAUUUAUUCUACAAUUAG